AAAGGAGGCCACUCCGUGUGCGCAUGCUCCAGACCGGCGCGCCGCUCGCGCGGCGCUGAGUGACGUCACUGGCCGGCGCCAGCAGGAAGGGCGCUGUGCGUCACACGUGUGCGGAGGCCGCGGGCGGGCCCAUGGCGAGCUCCGCGGGGUUGGCGCUGUGCGGCCAGACGCUGGUGGUGCGGGGCGGCAGCCGGUUCUUGGCCCUCUCCACUGCGAGCAGUGAUGAUGGCUGCAUCUUCACGUAUGAUUGCAGUGCCGCAGAGAAGAAGUCCACGCCACAAGAUAAAGGGGAGGACGGACAGCCCACCGACAAGGGGAGUGACAUGAUUCUGGCGUCCACCUUCUCCAAAUCUGGCAGCUAUUUUGCUUUAACGGAUGACAGUAAGCGUCUGAUUCUUUUCCGUACAAAACCAUGGCAAUGUCUGAGUGUCAGGACUGUGGUGCGGAGGUGCACUGCCCUGACUUUCACAGCCGCAGAGGAUCGGGUCUUGGUGGCUGACAAGUCUGGAGAUGUCUACUCCUUCUCUGUGCUGGAGCCUGAUGGGUGUGGCAGGCUGGAACUUGGGCACCUUUCCAUGCUGCUAGAUGUGGCGGUGAGUCCUGAUGACCAGUUCGUGCUCACUGCAGACCGGGACGAGAAGAUCCGGGUCAGCUGGGCUGCUGCUCCACACAGCAUCGAGGCUUUCUGCCUUGGACACACAGAGUUUGUGAGCCGCAUCUUUGCAAUGCCCAGUCAUCCUGAGCUGCUGCUUUCCUCCUCUGGGGAUGGCACCCUGAGACUCUGGGAGUACAGAAGUGGCCGCCAGCUGCAGUGCUGUGACCUGGCCAGCCUACAGGAGCCCGCAGAGCAUCCAGGCCACAAGGGGUUGGCCGCAUCCAGGAUUGCAUUCUGGGAACAGGAGAGCUGUGUGGUGCUUCUGUGUGAAUGCGUUCCUGUGGUCUUCGUCUUCCAGCUCGAUGCCAGCAGACAGCAGCUAGAGUUCAGACAGCAGCUGACUUUCCCUCACCGAGUGUGGGAUGUUGUGUUUGAAGAGACUCGGGGGCUGUGGGUUCUACAGGACUGUCGUGAUGCUCCCCUGGUGCUCUGGAGGCCCGUGGACGGUCAGUGGCAGGCUGCUCCUGAAAAUGCUGUGUCCCAGAGACUCUGCAGCCAUCUCCGGGAGAGCUGGGCCAUGAUGGAAGGCUCUGUUGGCUCAGAUGAUGGCUUCCGUGGCCUUUAUAAGGCCACCUUUGACAACAUGACCUCUUACCUGAAGAAGAAGGAAGAGAGACUGCAGCAGCAGCUGAAGAAGAAGCGACAAAGGAGCCCCCUGCCAGGGUCCCCAGAACAGAGCAAAAAGGCUUGCCCAGAGCAGUCAGCCCUUAGUUGCUGACAGUGGACUUGGCAGCAGUUCUCAUCCCUGAAGCCCCACGGGCUGCACUCUCUUCUUUCUCCUGUCGGUUUGUCCACAAGGAGGAAGGUCAUGGCAGCUCAGUCCCCAAGUAGCUCAGCACAGUCUCUGGUCUCCACCACCACCUUAGUCACUGGGCAUAGGCUCCUAUCUGGUUAGCUGGGCCUCCUCCUGGUUUCAGGGAGGACAGGGUGUUAGCUUAGUUAACAGCCGUGGGUAAGUGCCUUCACAAUGAAGUAUAUACUGACCUGCGGCACCACGCACAUCCGCUCGUGGCACAGUGCAGUGUGUGAGAAUCUAUAGGAGGGCUGCCUCCCCGCCAUCGCUGUGGGCUCUCAGGCGGAGCCCUGUAUGGCUACGUGGAGCUGCUGCUUGUGAGGCGGGGUUGGUUGGUGCUGCCUCUGUAGCUCUGUACUCUUGCAGCUGCAUGUGAGGGCUUUGUGUACCUUCAGGGAAGCAACUUGGCCAGGCCAGCCUUGUACAGGGAAUGGCUGGUGACGGUGUGGGGCUGCUGCUCUGAUGUAAAGUGCACGCGCUGCAGCACAGCAGGGGGUCACCUGAGCAAAGCAUCAAUAAAGACAGUUCUGCAUAGCUCUCUGGAACGGUCAGCAGCGGUCUUAGACAGUCGAUGUGCGUGCGCUGCUCAGAUGACAUGGCUCUUGGUAGUUAGCGUGCCACAGGUCAGCUGCAGUCCUGGCAUGGGAACAUACUUGGGGCGUUAGCUGCUGCUGUGAAAACAGAAGGCCUGACGUCAGGUACCCACCCGUACAUACAGAACAAAGGCGGGACAUAGCCUAGCACACCUGUAACCCUAACACUGGGCCUGCAGACCUUUCAGGCCCAGUGAGAGACCCUGUCUGGAGAUGGAGAGCGACAGGGGAAGACAUCUGGUGUCACUCUCUGCCUCCAGUGGGCAGGCACGCCAGUGCCUUCUAGUGUACACGUAACACAAUGGAGACAGCCUUGUGCCCGGCGGCUUUGCUGCCUCACCUGUGUUCACUGCUUUGUUUCUUCCCACAGAGUUGGUGGAGAGGGGGUGUACACGGAGCAGGGCACACCUGUAUAGGAGCUAAACUUGUUCUGCUUCAUGAACAUAGAGAUAUCUGGUCUCCAGAGAGGUGGAUCAGCAAACUGGGCUGUGGGCUGGGUCUUGUGACCUAAAAAAGAUGUUUUCAAAAGACUUAUACAGCAUUCUACCUGCAUGUAUGUCUAUGUACCAGAAGAGGACACCAGAUCUCAGAGAUGGUUAUGAGCCACCAUGUGGUUGCUGGGAAUUGAACUCAGGACCUUUGGAGGAACAGCCAGUGCUCUUAAACCUCUGAGCCAUCUCUCCAGCUCCCUAAGAAAGAUUUUACAGUGAUACAUAGUUUGAAUGAGAUAAAAAGAAACAAUUUGUGACUAUUUAAAUUCAAGUCUGAGGGCCAAGGAAUACAGCUUUGCUGACAGCAUGUUCACUCAGCCCUUUGGUGAUGCGCUGACUAUGGGCCAGGUAGAACCUAUGUCUGCAAGCAGCGGGCUCUGGGCCAUCAUGGCCUGUGGCUCAAUGCAAGGAACCUUGAGAGGGCCAUGUGUUCCUGGACCCAGUGGGCCCCUAACAACCUCUGUCCCCGUCUCCACUUUUCUUCCUAAGGAUAUGGUAUUCAUGACCGUUUCCUAGCCUACAGUGACAUUACAACUCUUGUGGAUCCAUUUCCAGUUUGUUCCUUGGUCCCCUGACCUGUGAAUGAAUGGCCAGUGGAGGCACAGUGGGGUGGAGUGGGAUAGAGGAGGGUCCUGGGCCUUCAUGUCCUAGCCAGGUAGCAGCUGACUGGCAGACUCCUGCCUGCCUCUGCCUCUGGCUUUCCUGGCCUUGGGGCCAGCAGUGGUAGAGUCAUUAAUGCCUCUAGGGGGAGUACAUAGCUAGGCUAGUCCAAAUACCAGCACUUCAAGUUGCAGGAAUUACUUCAUAGCAGGCUGAGUGGAGUCCCAUUUUUAUUGGGACUCCCAACUAUAUUUUAAGGAGAUGUGUCUUUUUAAAACUUUUUGGUGGUUGGAGACAGGGUUUCUCUGUGUAGCCUUGUUUGUCCUAGACUCACUUUGUAGACCAGGCUGACCUCGAACUCAUAGAGACCCACCUUCCUCUGCCUCCCUAAGCGCUGGGAUUGCAAGCAUGUGCCACUGCGCCUGGCUUGAGAUCUGUGUUUUAGCAAUCCGGUAGACCAGUCAGAUCUAAGCAGUCAUGAUUCCAGGUUGUGUCAGGACGUCUUCUCUGCAGCACCCGGCUUGUUCUGUUGUGGCUACGGCACUUCCGUGAGGCUCUCCAGCCACGGAGUCUCAGUUACUUUCCUUUCACUGAUAAGACACUUUGACUAGGGCAGUUUAUAAAGGAAAGAGAUUAGUUGGGCUUACAGUUCCAGGGGUUUAGGAUCCAGCCUAGUGGAAGGAAGGCAUGGCAACAGGAGGCUGGAGUAGCAGCUCAGUGCUCACCUCUCCGUCUGCCAGCGGGAGGCAGAGUCACAGGGGAUGACAAACCUUUUGAAAGCUCAACGCCUGUACCUAGUGACAGCAGCAAGGCCACACUUAAUGCUUAGCAAACAUUUCUACCGCUGGGACCAAGUAUUCAGACGUGAGUUUCCGGGGCUGGGGGCCAUUCUCAAAGCAUUACACAGAGCCUUUUUGUCAGUUUAGACCUGGCUUCUGGACUGCCCGGCCCCUCCCACCCCGCCUCAUUAAACCGUCUUCAUUCCUUAUUACCA